GAGAAAUUUUUUUCUUAAUCCAAAGGAUUUUUUUAACAAACAGGAAGAUAAUUACCAGAAACAAAAACAAAAACAAGAAACAAAUUUGACAAAAAAAAAACAGCAAUAUUGAGUUGGCUUUUCUUUCUCACACAGAAAGAAAAGCUAUGAAGAACAAAAAUAAAUUAAAAAUCAUAACAAGAAACAAAAAAGUCAUCAUAAAGAAUAAGAAGAGAGAGAAAGAAAUGGGUUAAGAAAAAAAAGAAAGAGAUUAAUAAAACGACGAUUGACGAAGUCUCUGCGAAACAAGUUGAAAAUUUUCAUUAAACCCAUUUUUCUCCCUUUUCUUCACCUUCCCAAACACGCCUUAAAUUCAUUUCCUCUUCUUUCAAAACCCCAACUCUCAAACACCAACAAAAAAAACACCCCAACAACUUUGAAACUUUUUCUUUCCAAUUUUACCCUUAUUCUUCUUCUUCAAAUUUCAAUUUCAGAUCCAAUUCAAAAUCUCAAACCCAGAUCUUAAGAUUGAACCCUAGAAACUCAUCUAAAGUCUCAAGAUCAUGGGAAAUUGCUGUGUUACCCCUGCUGUAACUGGUGAAGAAAUAACAAACAAGAAAAACAAAAAGGGCAAAAAAGAGAAUCCAUUCGCAAUCGAUUACGGAUUCAACAACAACAACAACAACACCACAUCGAAACUAACCGUUUUGAAAGAUCCAACGGGUCGUGAAAUCGAGAAUCGUUACGAGUUAGGUAGAGAACUAGGAAGAGGUGAAUUUGGUGUAACGUAUUUAUGUACAGAUAAAGAAAGUAGAGAAGAACUAGCUUGUAAAUCAAUAUCGAAGAAGAAACUUAGAACUGCAAUUGAUAUUGAAGAUGUUAGAAGAGAAGUUGAAAUUAUGAGACAUAUGCCACAGCAUAAUAAUAUUGUUACGUUGAAAGAUACUUAUGAAGAUGAUAAUGCUGUUCAUCUUGUUAUGGAACUUUGUGAAGGUGGUGAACUUUUUGAUCGGAUUGUUGCUAGAGGUCAUUAUACUGAACGUGCUGCUGCUGCUGUUACCAAAACUAUUGUUGAAGUUGUUCAGAUGUGCCACAAACAUGGUGUGAUGCAUAGGGAUCUCAAGCCUGAGAACUUUUUGUUUGCAAAUAAGAAGGAAACGGCAGCAUUGAAAGCUAUUGAUUUUGGAUUGUCAGUGUUCUUUAAACCAGGUGAAAGAUUUAAUGAGAUAGUUGGAAGUCCAUAUUACAUGGCUCCCGAGGUGUUGAAGAGAAAUUAUGGCCCAGAAGUUGAUAUCUGGAGCGCUGGAGUUAUUCUUUACAUCUUACUUUGUGGAGUCCCUCCAUUUUGGGCAGAAACUGAGCAAGGAGUUGCACAAGCAAUUAUACGAUCUGUUGUUGAUUUCAAAAGGGAUCCAUGGCCAAAGGUUUCUGAUAAUGCAAAAGACCUUGUGAAGAAGAUGCUCAAUCCUGACCCAAAGCGGCGACUUACUGCACAAGAAGUGUUAGAUCAUCCAUGGUUAAUAAAUGCAAAGAAAGCUCCGAAUGUUUCUUUAGGAGAAACAGUUAGAGCAAGGCUAAAGCAGUUUUCUGUAAUGAACAAGCUUAAGAAAAGAGCUUUAAGGGUUAUUGCAGAGCAUUUGUCGGUAGAAGAAGCUGCCGGACUAAAAGAGGGAUUCAAACUUAUGGAUACAAGCAACAAAGGCAAGAUCAACAUUGAUGAACUACGAGUAGGGUUGCAUAAACUAGGCCAUCAAAUUCCUGAUGCUGAUGUCCAAAUUCUUAUGGAAGCUGGUGAUGUAGAUAGGGAUGGAUACCUAGAUUACGGGGAGUAUGUAGCCAUUUCUGUUCAUCUGAGAAAGAUGGGAAAUGAUGAGCACCUUCAUAAAGCCUUUGAUUUUUUCGACCAAAACCAAAGUGGGUAUAUUGAGAUGGACGAACUGCGGAAUGCCUUAUCUGAUGAAAUUGAAACAAACAGUGAAGAAGUCAUUAAUGCAAUUAUGCAUGAUGUGGACACAGAUAAGGAUGGAAAGAUAAGUUAUGAGGAAUUUACGAAUAUGAUGAAGGCUGGUACAGAUUGGAGAAAGGCAUCAAGACAGUAUUCGCGAGAAAGAUUCAACAGUCUGAGUCUGAAAUUGAUGAAGGACGGAUCAUUGCAAUUAAACAAUGAAAGCAAUGAAGGCAGAUGACGAUUUUGUUUAGAAAAAUCCCAAAAUUUACUUUUGGAAAAAGAAAACAUGGUAAAGAAAGAAGUCUACUAUUUUUUUAAUUUUAACCUUCUCUUCAUUGUAAUUCUUUUCUCCAACACCACCCCAUUUUUGGGUGAAAAAAAGAGAGGAUGUUGGCCCCAGCAGUGUUGCUAUGUUGUUUGUAUGUGUUUUUAAUUUUUUCUGGGUUUGUUGAGGUUGUGAUGAUAGGAAGACAAGGAGAGGGGUGGGAGAGACUAGACAUGUCUUCAUUUCUGGUUGUAAAUAUUUCUAAAUUAUCACGCUUUAUAUUAACGUCGCAUUUUUAGGCAAACCUUGCCUGUUA